CAGUUUUUAAAAGUCGUUGUCUUAAGUGAUGUUGAAUAUUGGUGUUUUUUUUUCCUUCGCCGUUUUUUCCCCUUCGCCAAUUUUUGCCCCGCUUUUUUUCUUUCCCUCUCCCCGAAAGUUUUUUGCCGCCGCAUUCCACCCUUUUAUCUUCUCAAUCCGUCCCUCUUUUCUCUUUUCUCACAAUCUCUCGCUCACCGGAGCCGCGUAGGAGCAGCAGCAGUCCACGAGUCCAUUAAGGACGCCCUCACCGGCAAGACCUCCGACAUGAAAUCCACUAACAGUAAGUGUCCUCUACUUCUUCCUCCUGCAUCUUCUCGUCGAAAACCCUAGAUACUCCUGCAUCUUCUCGCCGUCUGCGGUACUCUGGGCUCGCCCUCUUCGCAUUCCUCUAUAUAAAGCCCCUUCUAUCGUCUUCUUGCUCCACACUCUUCUUCUUGGCCUCCGCGAAGGCUCCCCGUGCCACAAAUCCUGGUCGUCGAACCCUAAUCCUCCUCUUAUCCCGUUUCUUUCCUGAUUCUGCCAGACUCUUGGAGGAGCGAGACGUGAUAAUGGGAAAGAGAGCGGAGGAGCUCGAUAUCGAUAAUCUAUUGGAUGAGAUUCCCCAUCUUCGUCAUCGUGGUGUCCUCGAUAGACCCGACGGUGCCGGUUUCCGCAUCGCCGAUGAGUUGCCGACGUCGGUCCUCCAUGGGGAUGGCGGUGGGUGUAUCUGGUCUGAGGGGGUUCCGAGCUCGUUAGCGGAGCGUUCGCUUCCGUUGGAGGAGACCCUCCUGCUCCAAAACCUGGGAGCAGCCUGUGUAUAUGACAAAGACUGAACUCAAAAGUGUUGCAAUAUAAUCUCUCGGAUUCAUCUCAUUUGAGGCCACAACCACCAGAUCACAGAAAUGGGCUUCUACUUCAAUUCUCACACGCUGGCCUCUUUCUUCCUGCUCUUAGCAUUCCCAGCCUUCACUUAUGGAUGGGGAAUUGUCGGCCACCAGAUUAUUUGCCAGAUUACCCAGGAUCGUUUAAGUGAGUCAGCAGCUGCAGCGGUUAAAGAACUACUCCCUGCCUACGCAGAGAACGACCUAAGCACCCUUUGCUCUUGGGCAGAUACAAUCAAGUUUCGAUACCAUUGGUCGUCGGAACUUCACUACAUUGAUACCCCUGAUGAUCUUUGCACUUAUAAUUACAACAGGGAUUGCAAAGAUGAAGAUGGUGUGAAAGGGAGGUGUGUCUCAGGUGCCAUCACUAAUUAUACUAAUCAGCUUCUCACCUAUGGAAGCUCUGCCGAUGAAUCACAAUAUAAUCUCACUGAAGCACUUCUAUUCCUUUCUCACUUAAUGGGUGACAUCCAUCAGCCUCUUCAUGUAGGAUUUACUUCUGAUAGAGGAGGAAAUACGAUCCCAGUGCGUUGGUUUAGAAGGAAAUCAGAGCUCCAUAAAGUCUGGGAUAAAGAUAUUAUUGAGACAGCAGGAGAUCGAUUUUACGACAAUGUUGUGGAGGAAUUUCUCAACGCACUCAAACAAAACAUCACUGGAGAGUGGUCUGAUCAAGUUGUGAAAUGGGAGAAAUGCAGCAAUAACAAGGUCGCUUGUCCUGAUGUCUACGCACUCUUUGAUGGUGAUGGACAUCAAGUGCCUCAAGAUCUAGUGGAAAAAGUUGGUAAGGUGUUUGAAACCAUUCUGUGGAAGAGGUAUGAAACAAAUGAAGACAUGUCUAUAGCACAGGCUAUUAAGCUAGUCAUGGAGAGGCAUUCAAUAUGA